GAUAUCGGAAGUGGAGGAAGAGGGGGAGCCGGAGGAGGAGGAGGAGAAGCCGAGGCGAGUCUGUAAAUCCAUGAUCAGCCAGUUCUGCAACAGACAACAAGUGUUCGGAGGGAGAGAGGAGGGCGAGGGAGGAUAGAACAGAUUACUCUCUGAGUGAGGCAGCGAGCGAAGAAGGACGUUACCACGGCAACUUGGGACGUCUCUGCCGCGUUGAGGAGGACGCUGGGACACACAGGUUAAAGAGAUGAUGUACAGAUAGAAGAUGGACCUGGUUUUCCAGUUCUGCCUCUGACAGUCACCAAAGACUUUUGAUUAGCCCUCUACUGGAUACUUGGCGGUCGAUUGAUCUUUGGCACAAAUAGUCCCCAGAAACAGAAAUAUCAGAAGCUUUAAGUGAAGGGGUAGACAUGUCUCAGGCAGGAAAAGUCCUCCACCUGUACGUUGAAGUGAGAUCUGUUGCUGAGGAGGAUGGAAAGUUGCCUGGACGAGGGGAUGAUGGGACCAGACACCUAAUGCUUCAGUGCCCAGACAUCCUGCCUCACUCUCAGAGGAGCUCCGCCCUCACCAGCCCUAGCCAUAGUCCGGAUCUGUCCCCAUUCAUCCAGCAUCACGUUGGGGGAGGGAACCACAGCUUAAACACUUCAAAGUCCUCCACCAGGCACUCAGUCAGCUUCCAACUUCAAAACCCUGAUGCGACAGGGUCUCCAACUCAGUUCCAAAGGCAGGACCUGUUACAUGACAAUUUUGGGCAGUUACUUGAGGUCCUUGCCCCUGGAGCAACCAAUCCAGGUCAUCAUGGCUCACUUAGACGCACCUGUUCCUCUGACAGGGAUCCAUACCAGGGGAGGAUGCCAAUCUUUCCAUCAUCCGCAUCCUCUGGGAGGCUUACUGUACCCUCCACACCCACUAGCAAUCGCAGGUCAUUUGAUACCCCAGGAGUGGCGGGUGAUGAGGGAAAGACCUCUGUAGUGUCCUUUGGCUACAUAGAAAAGGCUAAUGUUAAUAGCAUGGCUGGCCACCGUCCCUCUGUGUGUCAAAAUAAGCCCCAGCAGCAGCAGCAGCUGCUUGCUCAGCUACACAAGAGGCUGAGUGAUCCAGUGUGUUGCAAUGGUCAGCAAUUACAGGAUGACCCUUUCUCCAGUCACCACCAUCUGUCUCGGAAUCAGUCCCCAUGGGGCUCGCCUUACCUACAGAGGACCACCUUGGAUGCAGUAGCCAGAGAUGCCACCCAUUGGGCCUUAGAGGAGUUUGGAUCCCCAGAUCUCCGGUGCAGGCUUGCAGGCCACAGUCCAAUGAAUUGCAGUCCAACCCUGCCACGGAACUAUCAGUCUCCUCGCUGCCGGUCUUGGGGUGGGUCACCUGUCUUGGCCCACAACACCCUCACCCUGCCAUCCAAGACCCAGUUUCUGGAGUUAGACAGGGGAGUUUGCGGUGGUUCAGUGAAUGGAUUACCCCGAAGUCCUGCCUUUGACCACCUGUGUGCCCAUAGUGGCUACUCAUCCUCCUCAGUGGCUCCACCAUCAGCACUUUGUUCCCAUUGUCCGGCCCAGAGCCAGCAGAGGCCAUGGAUCAGGGAUGAGAGCCCCAGGUUGUCAAGCAAAUUUCAUCCACCUUUACCUGCAGGGAAACCCACAGACAUCCAGCAUGAAGUUCCAACUAGCAUGUUCCACACCAGCAACCCUUUUAGGACUGGCUACCAAGAUGGGAACUCCAAUGUUAAUAAUAGCUAUAAUAUCAGUGAUAAUACCACGGACAGUAAACACUACAGUUCUAAUGAUAAUUUUAACACUCAUUACAAGCCAUCACACUGCAGUAGCAGAGCCAGUGAUGCAAUCAGCCCUACCGUUGGCAGGAGCAGUAUCUCCCCAUCCUCAAAUAUUGAUUUGUCUUGUAAGCUAGCUAUGGAAGCGUCCAAAUUGUCCAGCAUUUUUGCAGAGAGGUGGAUUCCCUCUCCAGCUCCUUCUCAUGCUGAAUCACUGAGGUCCAAUAAUCCAAAGACUGAAACACCAUUCCUGAGAGAAUCACAGCCGUAUGCUACUCCUCAUAAGCGAAGCUCCCCUGAAUCUUUGAAGGUGGACCACCAGAACCACGGCUGGAAAACAGACAAACUGACACCUCAAACUAAACCAGGACGAAUCUCUCCUCUCUUAUCCCACAAAAGUGUCUCUUCACCAGCAUCCCCAGCCUUGCCAGCAAGGUUGCACCGUGCAGCUGCGUCUCAGUCACCAGUACUGGACCCACGACAUCAACAGAGCCCAUCACCCAGUAAGGAUGUUUCGAUUCUGCCCCGCUACCAGCUGCCACAGUACACUGGAGACCAUAAAUCACCUGCUGUGGAGCGGAGGCAGUAUGAGUCCCUCUUUGAUAGAUCACUGAAAGAUAGCCCUGAAUCCCAGAGAACACUUCUCUCUAACCAGAGCAAUGAAGCUUUGCCUGUGAGCUGGAUGUCCAGGCAGCAGGAAUGGAUGGAAGCUGAACCAGGACAGAAUGGUGUUGAACUUAGUGAGGAAAAUUUCAGAAAGUCACUUUCCAGAAUUUAUGCUACUAGCAAAGAUGAUUAUCACAAGAAGGAUGGAGGAGACAAUCGAGUUAAAUUUUUGGGCAUGUCUAAGGAACAGAGAGAGGAGGUUCGGGACCACAGCGGGACUGUUGGGACAUCGUCUCAGAGCUCCAGUGGUGUGACGGGCAGCCUGGUAGACAGUUCCCAGCUAGACAGGAAUGACAGUCUGUCCCCUGAAACCUCAAGCCAGUCCAGCCAUGAUACAGCAGACGGAGGCUCUGGGAUGCAGUCAGACAGCGGCUCAGCAACGACGCCGUCCUUGAGAUCACAGAAGAUUGCUCAAGCCAAGUGGGAGUUUCUGUUUGGAGACCAGGCGGAGAACAGUCGCCGCACUAAAGACGUUUCCCCUGCGACACCUCCAACCAGCGGCUCUCCCAGCCCCCCUCCCUCCUCCCUCCACCUGAAACCAGCCAAUCAGAGGAGGGGGCGGGACAAUCAGAAGCUGUCAUAUCAUGAGGUCCAGCAGAUCGAGGUGAAGCUGGUGACCCCCAACAACCGAGGCUCCAUCUCCAAGACGGGCAUCAUCCAGAGGACCAUCCAGUACUCUGAGACGGAUCUGGACGCCGUGCCGCUGCGCUGCUAUAGGGAGACCGAUCUGGACGAGGUAAUGCGGGCCGAGGCAGAGGCAGCCGAAGAGGCAGACUCAGCCUUCGGGAGAAACUCUAGCUUCAUCGACGUCUCCCCAAAACUCCGGACAGGUGGAGUGAAGGAGGAGAACGGGGAGGAGGAGGAGGAAGAAGAAGAAGAAGAAGAAGAAGAAGAAGGAGUGGUGAGCUGGGCAAGCGUCAGGAUGCAGGGAGACCGACAGAGGCAGCAAGCUGCCAAGGAGGAGGAGGAGGUGUUUAGUCUGCUGCUGAAGGGGUCGUUGGAGGCGUCGUCUGACACUCACGGCGGCCUCAAGUCUCCGAUCUCCGUCGGCAGCCCUCGCCGACCCUCUGACAGCAACCUGGACUCCUUCAGCCGCCACUUUGAAAGCAUUAUGGAGUCUCACCGGGCCAAAGGAACCUCAUACAGCAGCCUGGACAGCGUCGACCUGCUGACCUCCGGAUCCACGUCGGUGUUUACCUUUGACCUGCCGACACUCACUCCGGAAAUCCAGAGUCAGAUCUGCGAAAGCGCCAAGCAGAUCAUUGAGCUCAGCUUCGCCCCGCUGGCCCGUCCCGACCCAUCCGCUCCCUCGGAGACGUCGCGCUCCGAAAUCACCCUCAGUGCCUCGGCGGGGCUCCAAGGAGGCUCCAAGGAUGACUGCGGCCCGCCAGUCCGGUCCAAGUCGGAGAAAGAGUCGUGGCGUCAUUCCAUCCUCAAAGAGGGCUUCAGGAAGGCGAGCUCGGUGCCGUCGCUCCACAGCAGCCCCAGGGAACGUCUGGUGAACCGGCCACCCGAGCUGCUCUACCCGCAGGCCGACGUGGCAGAGCGACUGGCGCUCGGCGGCAGUGAUGAUGCGCUCGCCAACGGGACAAAGCCCGACCUGCAGGCCGCCAAGCGCCUUGCCAAACGCCUCUACAGCCUGGACGGCUUCAGGAAGUCUGACGUUGCUCGACACCUCAGCAAGAAUAACGAGUUCAGUCAGAUGGUGGCCGAGGAAUAUCUCAGUAACUUUAACUUCAACGGUAUGACUAUCGACCAGGCACUCAGGACGUUCCUGAGACAGUUUGCUCUGAUGGGAGAAACUCAGGAGAGAGAGAGAGUUCUCGCUCACUUCUCCAGGAAAUACAGACAGUGUAACCCAGAGAACCUCAACACAGAAGACAGCGUCCACACUUUGACUUGUGCCGUGAUGCUGCUGAACACAGACCUGCAUGGAAACAAUGUGGGGAAGAGGAUGUCCUGCAGUCAGUUCAUCUCCAAUCUGGAAGGACUCAACAAUGGAAAAGACUUCCCCAAAGAUCUGCUGAAGACGCUGUACAGCUCCAUCAAGAACGAGAAGCUGCAGUGGACCAUUGACGAGGAGGAGUUGAGGAAAUCCAUGUCGGAGCUGGCAGAUGUCCGGACAGACUCCGCAUCCCACACCAUGAAAAGACUCGGGAGUGGAGGAAACCCGCUGGUGGGCGUUGCCCAGCAGACCGACGGCGAGCUUUACAAGAACGGCUUCCUGGUCCGCAAAGUCCACGCCGACCCCGACGGGAAGAGAACGCCACGGGGUAAGAGGGGGUGGAAGUCUUUCUAUGCCAUGCUGAAGGGAAUGGUUCUCUACCUGCAGAAGGAUGAAUACCGGGCGGAACGAGAGCUAACGGAGGAGGACGUGAAGAACGCUAUUUCCAUCCAUCACUCUUUGGCCAUGAGAGCUGCAGAUUACAGCAAGAGGCCCAACGUGUUUUACCUGAGAACCGCCGACUGGAGAGUGUUCCUAUUCCAGGCUCCAAAUGCAGAACAGAUGCAGUCGUGGAUCACACGCAUCAACGUGGUGGCGGCCAUGUUUUCGGCUCCUCCGUUCCCGGCGGCGAUUGGUUCUCAGAAGAGGUUCAGUCGUCCUCUACUGCCGGGAUCCAACACCAAGCUGUCGCAAGAGGAGCAGGUCAAGUCUCAUGAGAACCGGUUCAGGGCAGUGUCCUCCGAGCUGGCCGACCUCAUGGCCUCCACACCGGACCGAAAGGUGAAAGGUCGUGAGCUGGAGGAGCAGAAGCUUCGACAGGAGUACCUGGAGUUCGAGAAAACCCGUUACGGUACGUAUGCAAUGCUGCUUCGAGCCAAGAUGUCAAGUGGAGAUGAGGACUUGUCGGCCUUCGAGUCUCGGCUCUUCGACGACGGCGGUCUGCAGAGGGCGCACUCCAGCCCUACGCUGCCUCAAGACACCACCAACAAGGAGAAGACUCGCGGGAGCAAGACAUCCAAGAGCUUAAAGGUCAUGUCCUCUUCGACCUCCACCUCUAAAUCUGGAAGCAGCGUCAAAGAUUUGAACAAGAAGAAAAACGGUGGCGGGAACAGCCCGCGGCUGGAGCUGCAGAAGCAGAGCAGUAAGCAGGAUGAAGCGCCGUAAAGAGUCGAGGUUCAUACUGGAUGUGGAGCAUCAUGGGCAGCAGGCUGACAUCCCCCUUUAACCUUUUUUUGUUCAACCUCCUGAUUGGCCGAGCUGAGAAGCCGGCGAGGAGGAGACGCUCAUCGGGAAGGAGGAUGGCGAGUCGUCCUCAAAUAAAGUUGGCCAUCAGUUUAUUUCUCCUCCAAUCAUCAACCUCAGCCGGAUGCACCGAGCACACAGCUGUGAAUCUCACAAUCAAAACUUUAUUUCCGAUUAGAAUCCUUCAUUUCAGGGACUUUUUCUGGGAACGUUUUGUCGCUGAGAACUGAAUAUGAAGCGCUCAAUCACAGGAACCUUCAGGACCGAAAACACUCGGUGGGAACUUUUUAUUUUCUGCUCCCUCGGAGCGACGAACGCUGACCUCUUGCAUUGCUCUGCUUCUCCUAGCAACCAGCCGGGGAGCAGGAUGCAGGUUGCCAUGCCGACAGCAUAUGACGGACAGACUGCGUGGGAUUGGUACCGUAGUGACCAAGGAAAGAGAUGGUGUGGGAGGGAGGGAGGGAGGGAGGGAGGGGGAAUCUGGACACCCCAGGGUAAACGGUAAACAAACAAAGAAAAAGAGGCAACACAGGAACACAAUACCUCCUCUCUGCACUUCACUCUGUGUGUGUGCGCGCGUGCGUGCGUGCGUGCGUGCGUGCGUGCGUGCGUGCGUGCGUGCGUGCGUGCGUGCGUGCGUGCGUGCGUGAGCACAGUAAUCACAAUAAUACUACAUCAGUGUGUACUUGCAGGAGUGCAAAUACAACCUGAACAUGCUGGAUGGAGGCUGAUCGCUGCAGUUUGUUAUAUUUAUGUUCUGCUGGAAUCAAACAGGCUGUACACAUAGGAGUGACCAAGAACUACUUAGUGAACAAAAAAUUAAUUAAUUAAUUAGCCUGCAGGUUGAGUGUACGUAGAGUUGGGUGACAAAAGUAUUAAUAAUUAUUGUCUUUUUUUUCUUAAAGUGUAAUAUAUUUCAUUUUAAAAACCGUGUGAAACAUUUACUUUAUGUAAGGGCACAUGACGAUUUAAUUGAUUUACCCAUCCAGUUUUUGUCAAGUGCAUAAAAAAAUUAAAAAAUAAAGUUAUUUGGAACAUUUUAUUUAUGAAAAGAAGACUAUUUAAAUUGUUGCACAAGUGUCACAAUAAAAAAAAACUAAAAUACUCAGUGGAAAUAAAAUAAUACAAUGAAGCAGCAGCACAAAAAAGCAAAAAAAAAAAUCUUUAGAAUUUAGAAGUGAAAGAAACCCUUUUAAAUAGAUUUUUUUUUUCUCCCAAGUCGUACAUGCAGUGGGUUCAUGUAAAAAAUUUAAAUUAAAAUAAAUUAAUAAAUGUGAAGGUAUUUGCUGCUGGGGAGUUAAAAAAUAAAUUUUAUUUUGUUCAGUAUUAACUUUAAAAGCUCUUGUUUAUGGGUUUUUUUGCUGUUAAUUCAGAUAUUAAUAAAAUUAAUUCAAAAGUGGUCCUCAUUUCAAGAUUAGAUUUAUACAGUCACCGCUUUUACUUUACCAACAAAUUAUCAGUCAGAGUUUCUGUAAGUAAAGGUCCAAAGGCACAUUUAGAUAAUUUCAGUAUUGUGCAGCAGUAUAAAUAGAUCAACAAGAAAAUAUACAAACUAUUAAAAAUAUCCAACCACUAAAAAUAAAAUUAAACAUCCAAUUACUGUUGAUGCUGGUUUCACUCAGUAGUUUUGUCAUUAGUGAGCCUCCAUACUUUUCUCACUCUGCUGGAAUAUGUUUGAAUCCGUCCAUUUUUAUCUCCACCGUUCUCUUUUAGGGAUGUUUUCCUUGUUCAUGCAAAGUUUAUGUAACAGUCUCAGACUGGUCGAAGGUGAACAGUGACAUCAGGUCAGAAGUCCGUACUCGAAGUGAAAACUGUGAGUUUUAAUCACAUUUUCUUGUUCCUGGUCUCCAGUAAUAACAGACUUCACGUUUUUCACUUCAAACUGAACAUUUGCUUUUUGUAGUUUCCUCCUUUGGCCACCAGGGGUCGGCAGAGUGUUGGACACAAACACUCCAUAAGUUUAUCCCAGAAAACUUUUUUCAUUACUCAAUUUACAGUUUUCUUUAUGAAAUGUCAAAAAGUCAAACUGUGAUAUGUAACAAAGACAAGCAGCAAAUUCUCACUUUUAAGAAGCAGAAAGCAGCAAAUGUUGGUGGAAUUUUGAGUCUGAAGUGAUAAAUUAUUAGCAGCCCUGCUGCUAAUUUGGAGAGGAAGUCAGGGUGGAUGGAGGGCGACGAAACACUUGAUUCAUCCCAUGAUCGGAUGUUUGGCUCCGAUUCGGGAAAGAUGCUGAUUAAAUGUAAAUAAACGUCGUAUCUCGAGUCACUGUGGACUUUUAAAGUGUCUUUUCUGAAUCUGACCGCAGCCAGAAACCCAGUUCAGGCGCAUUUUACUGAGUCGAUCAGUAUUGACGUUUCUGUUGCUGUAUAGGAAACAGCAAGAAUCAGUCGGUUUUUCCUCCCACAGUGCCGGGUCCUAUUUACUCCCUCAGAUAUUCUGUAACACUUGUGUAUUUCGGGUGUAUUUUACCGCACUGUGCAAUGUAAAGCAGCAUAGGAUGAACUUGUCUAAAGAGUCAUGGUCGCUUUCAGCUCUUUGUCUAUGUUUGAAUCUUGUAAAUAAAUAUAUGAGUCGACUUUGAGAAGCCAUAUUGUAGUUGGGCUGACGGCCUAGCUAGCGCUCUCUGUUUUAGGGCACUUUGUUUUGAUAUUUUAGAGUGAACACAGAUGUUAAAACUGCUCACAGAUGUUGUAUCAACCAGUUAAUUUAUUCCAUUCGUCGUCAUCUCGCUGACCAACGACAAACUAGUUUCUCUGAAUGUUUUUUUUUGUUGUUGUUGUUGUUAUUGUUCUUUCUUUUGGCUUUGCUGCGGCCCAAAUGUUUGCUGCCGACUCGUCGAUCGAUAGCUGUACAUACUGUCACUUCCUGUGAGGUUUGGUCAUAGUGAAAUGCAAACAACCUGUUUGUAUUGUUUUGGAAGUUUAGAGGCAAAAAUAAAGACAUUUUCAAAACAAAA